UCGGUACUUCGGGGUAAUGGCUGCUAGGUGAGAUGAGCGGAUCGGCCGCAUCCUUUGAGUUUGAGGCACUUCCAUCGAGAGGACCGUUAACUCGGGCGGUGCCAAGUUAAAAUGGUCGAUAUCCGACCCGAAAAGUAUCCCGAAACAGUUGUACAUAUUGCGAACAUCGUCCUUAAAAUUGCAUCCACUCUUAACAUCCCGUCUUAGUGGUCAGUUCUGCCUGCCGAUCCGAGGAUAAGCUGAGACCAUGGCAGUGAAGGACCGUGUAGAGUCGGUGCUCAAUGUGGGUCUGCGUGUUCCCAGCAUCAUGCUGCUGGAUGUCCUGUACCGCUGGGACGUCAGCUCCUUCUUCCAGAAGAUCCAACGCUCCAGCCUCUCCAACAACCCCCUUUUCCAGUACAAAUACCUGGCACUCUACCUGCACUACGUAGGUUACAUCCUGAGCUUGGUGCUCCUGACUCUGCCUCGUCAGCACCUGGUUAAACUCUACCUGUAUGUCCUUACGGCCUUGCUGCUGUUUGCUGGUCACCAAGUCUCAAGGGAUUAUGUCCGCAGUGAACUGGAGUCUGGCCAUGAAGGGCCUGUCUACUUGGAACCUCUCUCCAUGAACAGAUUCACCACUGCACUCAUAGGUCAGCUGGUGGUGUGUACGCUAUGUUCAUAUGUGAUGCAGACCAAGAGGAUUUGGCUUUUCUCUGCUCACCUUCUCCCUCUGGUGGCCAGACUGUGCCUGGUCCCACUGGAGACCAUCGUCUUCAUCAAUAAGUUCUCCAUGAUCUUCACAGGCCUGGAGGUCAUUUACUUCCUGGCAUCCAAUUUGUUGGUACCAUACAACCUGGCCAAGACAGCCUACAGGGAGCUGGCUCAGGUGGUGGAAGUAUACGGGCUGCUAGCUUUGGGUAUGUCUCUUUGGAACCAGCUGGUACUUCCAGUUCUCUUCAUGUGUUUCUGGCUACUGCUGUUCGCAUUGCAGAUCUACUCCUACUUCAGCUCCAGAGACCAGCCUACCUCAAGGGAGAGGCUCCUUUUCCUCUUUCUUACCAGUAUUGCAGAAUGUUGCAGUACACCGUACUCCCUGCUGGGUCUGGUUUUCACCGUCUCCUUCAUUGCUCUGGGAGUUCUCACACUCUGCAAGUUCUACCUGCAAGGUUACAGAGCCUUUAUGAAUGACAACACCAUGCACAGAGGGAUGACAGAAGGCAUCACCCUGCUGAUCCUCGCUGUCCAGACUGGCCUCAUCGAGCUUCAAGUCAUCCACCGAGCCUUCCUCCUCUCCAUCAUCCUCUUCAUUGUUGUAGCUUCCAUCCUGCAGUCCAUGCUGGAGAUAGCUGACCCCAUAGUCCUGGCCCUGGGAGCAUCAAGAGACAAGAGUUUGUGGAAACACUUCAGAGCAGUCUCACUGUGUCUGUUCCUGCUGAUAUUUCCAGCCUACAUGGCCUAUAUGAUCUGUCAGUUCUUCCACAUGGACUUCUGGCUACUCAUCAUCAUCUCCUCCUCCAUCCUCACGUCACUGCAGGUCCUCGGCACUCUGCUGAUCUACAUUCUCUUCAUGGUGGAGGAGUUUCAAAAGGCUCCAGUGGAGAACAUGGAUGAAGUUAUCUACUGUGUCAACGGGACGUACAGAUUGCUGGAGUUCAUGGUUGCGGUGUGUGUGGUGUGCUACGGCGUGUCGGAGACUGUAUUUGGGGAGUGGAGUGUGAUGGGCAGCACCAUCAUCCUGGUCCACUCGUAUUAUAACGUCUGGCUUAGAGCCCAGCUGGGCUGGCAGAGCUUCCUGCUCAGGAGAGAUGCUGUAAACAAGAUCAAAAGCCUCCCCACAGCCAGCAGCACACAGCUGGAACAGUACAACGACAUCUGUGCUAUCUGCUACCAGGACAUGAACAAUGCUGUGAUCACUCCAUGCAGUCAUUUCUUCCACGCUGGCUGUCUGAAGAAAUGGCUUUAUGUCCAGGAGACAUGCCCCCUCUGUCACUCACAACUCAAGAGCCAAUCACCAACCACCAACCAAGAAGCCCCUGCAGCCAAUCAGAGCCCUGCAGGCCAGGAAGAAGCCACAGCCCAUAAGCAGCAGAACGAUAACGCUCUUCCAGAUGGUGGGAAGGAGGAAGGAACAGGAGAGCAGGAGGGAGGUAGUGGAUCUGCCAUGUCAGCUGGAGAAACCGCCUCCUCCUCCUCCUCCUCCUCCUCCUCCUCCUCCUCCUCCUCCGGUGUGCCCUCUACUCCCCAGCACCUGGCCAAGACUCCUUUAUCAUCAUUAUCAUCAUCUUCUUCUUCUUUUCCUUCCCCACUUGUGACUGAAUCUCAGAACCAGUUGCUCACAGAUCAUCCUUCUUCGUCUUCCUCCUCUUCCUCUGACACAUUGGACACGCACCCCUCUCCUCCAUCUUUCUCCCAAACCUCCUCCUCACUGGCCCAGACAGAGGUGAGCCCUGCUGAGCCCGGCCCUCACCUAAACCCAGGCUUCCUAUUGGACAGCCAGGAGUCACCUGCUGGUCCGUCGUCACAGCUUGACCAGCUCACUUCCCCUUCUGAGGAACAGUCGCCUCCUCCUCGCAGCCUCUGAGCCCCAUCGUAACACACACGACACACGUGCAUGCACAUAUAAACACACAAUCUAAAUACUCCAUCUUCCAAUAUUCUGCCUAUAUUCUACAUCUGCUGUUGGCUAUCCCAUCAUGUCAGACAUUCAAUUCCAAACCUUUCCAUUUUGAGAGAGCAUUGAAAGAAAGAUGGAUGAUUCAAACUUCACAAUUUAUUUUAGGCAAUUGUCUUGGAACAGUUUGUCGAAAUGUGUUUCCAUGAUGAGUUUAACUUUCAUGCCAACAAUGAUUUUAAUUUUCCAUUCAAACCAAAAAGGGGAAAGCAGUAAUCUUAUCUCUAGUUCUACAUCAAGUCCAUGAAAUGUGAAAUCCUGAAUGAAACUGAAAUACUUAGAUCACAGCUUUUGACAUUUAUAUUGGACACAUGAUGACCUUUCUAAAACAAUGCUUAUGUCCUUCUCAUUUCAUGUGAUGGUUGCUCCCAUCAUGCCUUUGUUUGUGCAGCUUCUCUUUUCAUCGCUGUGCAUUUCAUAGUAUUUGGGUUUUCUUCGUUGUCCUGUCUGUGCCAUGAUCCAACGAGGAAGGGGUCAGAGGCAAAGAGAGCCUCGAUAGGUUAGAGAUAAAUGAUGGUUGCGUUUUAAACCGUGAUGAAGUCAUAAAGCUUCAUAGAGUCUACAGAUUUCUCCAUCGAUUCGAUAAAGAGUUUUGGUUUUCACUGUUGGAUGACCGUAGUGUAUUCAUGAAUACACUGAGCAUUAACAGAGACCGAAUGUUGUUUCUUGAGGCCGUCACGUGACCUGAAGCCCGGUGCUAAGCAAGAGGAUACAUAGUGUGGUCUAUUUAAGUGUUACAGUGUGAACAAAUCAAAGGGUUCACAUGGAAGAACGAAUUCAUUUCAUGUGUCAAGUCUUCUCCAUGAUACAGCUUCAAUAUAUGAAUCAAACUUGUUAGGCUGGUCCCAGCAAAAACAGUUCUACUCCUCACCGCCAAACUUUUGUAUAACUGUUAAGAGAUGUUAUUUUUAAGAUAGUUUUUACAUUACUGCUUUAUUGGACAGCCCGCAGUGCAGACGGACUGAAAACAAGGGAGAGAAAAACAGAGAAGGGAGAUAACACACGACAGAGGCCACAGUUUGUAUUUGAACCUUCAGCAUUGUGAGAAUGUGUGUAAAUUCGCCCACCGAGCCGACAAGGAGCCCACACUUUGUUGUCGUUGGGUUUACUUCGUUCAUGGUACUCAUCCGCUCAUCUUCCCGAGCUCAGCUGAUUCUACAAACGCAUUAAACCAGUCCUUCCAAAGUUUGUCAACGAGCGAGCAAGCGAUUGUUGAGACUCUUUCAUAGCAGGGGCCAAUCACCUUGCUCCAUCCACCUCCUUUAUAAACCAAUCACUUCAAAGCACCCUGUGUUUUCUAAGACCAUCAUUAUCCUCCUGCUGCUCAGUCACUCCAUGAAAUGUUACUACCAGCAAAUUGAGCCGUUUGAUAAGAAAGAUAUUUUUUUUUUCACACAUGCUCGCCCGCACACUCUCUCGGUCUGCAUCUGUGCUUAGUAAACGGGGCCGGACGGGGAGAAGUGUGUGUGUGUGUGUUGGAGAGUCUGAAUGAGACUAAAACUUGAGAAUGCUGAGUCCUGAUGCACGCUUAUAUGUAGAGCUUGCACGCUGCCACUGUUACCACAGCAUUUAUUCGUUUGUCUCCAAUGUGCUCUAACCUUGCUACCAAUUGUUUUUAUUUCUUUGCAAUUUUUCUUUUUCUUUUUGGGGUGGGGGGGUUGCAUUUGCACUAAUGUCAUUUAUACUAGCAACGCUCCAAAGCUGUUUUGUUGCUGUCAGCAACCAAAUACCCUCUGAUGUGUUUGUGUACGAGGAAACAGCCCAAUCUGUUAGUGUGUAAUGUAUAUAAACGUUGCUCUGUACGGCAUCUAUAUUAAACCAGAGGAUUGUUGAUAUAUAAAUAAGAUUAGGGCUUGGUUUCUCCAAAGCUUCCUAGUGGUUUGAUGUUCUUUGUUACUUUACAUGCCUGUGAACAAAGACAAACUUGUGGCUAAGAAGCUUUGAGGGAAACCAAGCCUUCUGAUCUGUGAGACCAGCCAGUGUUGCUGCUUCUCCGCUCUGUAUGACGCGUUUUUAAGCUGGUGUGAUCACUCUAGUGCCCUCUACUGUUAGGAGUGGGAUCAGCACGACGCCGACGGACAGGAGAUGCACUAGUUAACCCUCAACUGUAUUACUUACUACCACUAUAACUUAAGGUCUUAUUACUAUGAAUGACUUAAUUGUUGACAUUGGAAAGCGUUGGCCGCAGGGCUGAGAAUGAAUACAUAAUCAAUGUAGGAUCAAACCGGGCCAACGCUGUUUAACUGUUUCUUUUUUUUUUAUUAAGAGAUGAAAAGUUUGAUGUAUUUUGCACAUGUUCCACUAAAAGGUGAACAUAAGGACUUUUCUGUAUUCUUGAACGACUCAUUCUCAUUUUUAUUAUCAGCUCCAUUCCUUCUACUUUGAUGUAAAACAAAGCACUUGAAAUGGUUACAAAGAUUUAAAAAAAAAAAUUCAAUGUGGAGCAUUUGAACUGUGUAAAGCAGAGCGAUCACCUGCGCGACAAAAUGUCAAGAUGAGAACUGUCAUUGGCAACUGUAUGUGAUUUUUGCAGUGCAGUAUUAUGUGAUAAGUAACGGGCAGAGAAGCCUGUCAGCUGUUGAUUCCAGAUGUAUUUGCUCAGUUUAUACUCCAUGUUGGAGAAAUUGCAGGUAUUAGUUCAAUCUCCAGGCUAUGAACUGUGACUUCUCUUUUCAUACUGUCUGGGAUUUAACAUCAAAUGUUUUAAUGCAAUCUUAAGAGUAUACAACAUAAUCAUCUAAUAAUCAAAGAAAGCUUUUUGGAAAAUACAUAUUAUAAAACUCAGCGUUUCAAUCUUUAAAUGCGUUAUUUGCAUUCAGCUUGUGGGUUUGACUUCAUAUAAAAAGCAGCAAUGAAUGUUUAGGCAAGUUGUCCGUGAGCUCUUGUGCCAAACACAUGCAUCACCCUUCACCGCUGCGCUACAUGUUGAGCAGCAUUUAUCUUUACAUAGCAGCUCCUCCGGUCAGCUGUGAGCUCUAGUGUUUGUUUAGAUUGUAAAACAGUACGUUUGCCAUCAAUCCACGUCAGUUAAAACAAAUUAUAUUUAUAUCAUUGCUCUUGAUUGACUUGCUGGUAAAAUAACACAAAAGAAACAAGCCAAUGUGAUCUAAAUGUCCCAAUUAUUUCUUAUUCUGAAACAGUUGAUGUGUAGUCAUUUGAAAUUACCUCCAUUGAAUUGAAUGGAGUAACCAAGAGUAAUAUGAAUACCUAUGAUACAUACAUAUACAUAUGAUAGCUGAAGUCCGUCUCCCAUCUGAAAUCCAGAUGUUUUUGAAGCUCAAUUUAUCACAGUACUUUGCAAAAACGUUACUUUAUAACGCUGAAAAUGUAAGCAAAUAUUGUAAUGGAAUCUGUAGCUGCCACGGAGCGCUCUCAUCACAUUGUUUUUUUUUUUUCUGAAUGCAUUUUAGAAAAAAAACCUCACUGCUGUCUAAUACUAUUGCCUCUGACGAACAGAUGUUAGUUGAUAAUCUUCAGGGCUGAGACGCCCGACAACUUUUUGUUUAAUUAGUUGUUUUGUCUGAUUUUAGUUUUUCCACACACACAUUUAAGACCUGCUCUGUAAAACCUGACUCUGAAUGCAAGUUGUAUUCCGUUAAAAUGCUCCACGGUUGGUUUUGGACUUUCUGCCUGACAUUGCCUUGGUUAUUUUACAAAAAUUGAAUGUCAGAAAUAAAAUGAACCAUCCAUUCUGGA